AUGUACAAUGCACUGGUAAUGCCAUAUUUUAAUUACUGUGGUGCCGUAUGGGGUAAUAUCAAUAAGGGACUAGCAGACAAACUUCACAAGCUGCAGAAUAGGGCUGCUAGAAUUCUCACCUUUUCUAACUAUGAUGUUCGCUCAAGUGUUUUGUUGGAUGAGCUUGGCUGGGAAAGGCUAGAAUAUGUAAGACUUAAACAGCUGGCUGUGACAAUGUACAAAAUCCAUAAUAAUCUUCCCUAUCGUAUCUGAGGCGGAUCUUUACCAACAUCUCAAAUGUACAUUCACACAAUCUUAGAAAUUCUGAGUUAAAUUAUUAUGUCCCCUGACCCAGAACUCAGUCUGCAAAAGGGAGCUUACACUACAGAGGAUCUGUUCUGUGGAAGAAGAUUCCCUCAGAGAUUAGAAAACUGCCUAGUUUAAAUGUUUUUAAAACUUUGAUUCAUGGGAAAGAUUUUUCUAAUACACCAUGACCCAUUGUAACUCUUAUUAUUCAUAAUGUAAGUUUUUGUAUUUUUAACAUUAUAGUCAAUAGUUCCUUAGAGUAUUUUAGUCUAGUUUUAAACACGAUUCCUAGGAAGACCAUGUAAAAUGAUACAAUUUCCUGUAUAAAUAAAGAUUGAUGACGAUGAUGAUGAUGAU